CUUUCACUUUCAGGCACUGGGUAUAUAGAGCCUAGAUGUAGUUUGUUUGUGUCUCACACAUGAAGCUGGUCACUGGUUCCAAAUAGCUAAGGACAGCUGGGCUAAUCAACCAUUGCUUAUGGAAAGAUUCCAAGCCUGGACACGUAAAGAGCUGUGAGGAAAACCUAUCUGAAGUCCCAUAGCCGGUCCUGAGGAAGGGACGCAGUCAUGGCAUCCGGUAGGCAACUACCUUUAUUCCUUCCUUCUUCAAUCUCACAAAAUUACAAUGGGGGGAGGAAAUGCUGCACCUUUUACUUGUCCAAACCAGAGCUUAAAAGCAUCGUGGACAAAAUAGCUGCCACCAUCACGAACAAACUGUGCAGAGACGAUCUGAAGCUCUUGAUAACUGAAGAUGGAGCCUGGAAGACGUUUGUGGUGCGAGCAGCAUUGUCAAGUGAGGAGGAAGCUGCCCUGCGUGAUGCACUGAAGAAGCAUUUAGCCCAGGAGCCCACAGAUGAAAAUGGUGAAACAGAAAAGAGGCAGCAGAAGGAGAAUUUUCUGAAAGAAUUUCCUGGGUUGAAAAGGAAACUUGAAGAACACAUCAGGAAGCUCCGAUACCUGGCUGUCCCUCUUGACCAGGAGCACAGGGGCUGCACCACCUCCCAUACGGUGUCUGGCCCCACCGACCCCGCUGCUACAAUCGCUGGAUUAGCUCUGGCACCCUUCACAGGAGGGUUAUCUCUGAUGAUCACAGCAGCAGGUCGAAGAGCAGCUGUGACUGGUGCCACCUCGUUCAUUGUGGAAAAAUCCAUCAGGGCAUAUGAAGGAGAAGCCAGGCGCCUGGUUAAAGCCAGCAUGGACAUACUGAACAAAAUUUUGAAGAUCAUGCCUUUGAUUUUAUUCCAACUAUGUAGUGCAGGUUGGCAAUUAUUUGGUGCCUGGAAAACCCUCAGGGAACAUAUCCAAGCCAUCAGAGCAGGAGAAACUACAAGCUUCAAAAUCACUGCAAAGACAGAGUCAGCUGAAGAGCCACAGGAGCUGACUAACGAUCUAGAAGAGAAGUUGCGUGAAUUUGAGCAGCUCCACAAGGCUCUGCAGUGAGACCUGCCUUAGUGAUCCCUAAACCAGCAGUGAAGAGCUCAGGGGAAAUGACAUGUACAGGGGCAGGAGAAGGGGGCAUACCGUUACAAGGGAAAUAGCACGUGAUCAAGUCUAUAGAACUGAGUGUUAAGGGGUUUAUAUUUCUCCGGCUGAGCAGAGCAAGGUCAAGAAGGCAGGAACUGAUGAUGCGGGAGAAUUGUCUGUAUUCUGUCGAUCAUAUUUUAAUAAAAUGCUGAUUGGCCAGGCAGGUAGUAUAGGCGGGAAAACCAG